GGGAUUCAGGGCUUGCAUCGUAUUGCAAGGCGGUGCCGGAGAGGGAGCCCCGUCUGCUCCGCCCUGGCUCCGCGCGCCUGCCCAGCGCACCGCCCCCUCGAGGGCAGCGAGGCCGCCGGAGAGACCCGGCUCAAGCCAGCCCCCUCCAUCUCCUCCUCCUCCUCCCCGCUCCCUCUUUUUCCGGUCCGCGCUGGGUUCGUCGCCGGCACAGCCGCGUGCGCGCAUGCUCCGUCGGCGAGAAGGGGGCCACUUGCGACGGCAGCAGCCGGAGGAGGAGGAGCAGCAGGAGGGCAAAGUCGAGGCGGGCAUGCAAAGUUAACCGCGGGAGCGGCAGGUAGCCCAGCAGCGGCCCCAGCGCAGCCCGCCUCUCCUUCGCUCGCUCGCCCUCGACGGCGCACCGCGCGCCGCCCCAGCCCUGCAGCGCCAUGGUGUUGGACAGCUUGGCUCGCAUCAUUAAAGUGCAGCUGCCCGCCUACCUGAAGCGCCUCCCGCUGCCCGAGAGCGUCGGCGGCUUCCUCAGGCUGACAGGUUCGGAGGGCAGGGAUCUUGGGUAGGAUAGGGGGGCGGCGGUGGGGAGAGCCGGAGGGUCGGGAUCUGCGCCUUCUGCUCGUCGAACUUCCGUGCGAGUCUUUGCUCAUCUUCCUGGGAAGCGGGCGGUGGAGGCGUAGGAACGAAACACUCGAGUUGACUUCAACACUUUCCCCUGGAAGGUGGAAAGGGAAAGGCUAGGAACUGAGCCCUGCCAAACGCGCCGGGACUUACUUCUGAGUAGACGCGUUCUGGAUCGCGCUGCAAAACUCGUAAUCCCCCGCGCCCCGCGCAGGCGUGUGUUUUGGUUUCAACUUUCUCCCAACUGCAGAUCUCAAUGCUUCAGAAUAAGCCUUUCUUUUAAAGCGCAGUCCCUUGCAGGCUUACCUGGGAGUAAGCCCCACUGAGCAUAAUGGAGCUUACUUCCGCGUUAAGUUCGGUAGGACUGCGCUGUUAACUGCACGUGCGCGUUUUCCCCCAUUCAUCCUUCCCCUCUGAUCGUCCUGCCUCAAAUGCGCCCUAGUCCCCUAUAGGCUCUUCAGUUCCCUUUUUUCAAAUCAUGCUUUCCAAGACCGGCCCUUUCCUGAGGCAAGAGCAAGGCUUGCCCACCCAUGCCAUGUUGAGAUUCUUGCAUUGCAGGGGGUUGGACUAGAUGACCCUCGGGGUCCCUUCCAGCUCUGCGAUUCUGUAGUUCUGAGGCCAGGAAAGGCAACCACCUCAGAUGACAGGAUCCACAGGGACAGCAGAUUCCAAUGUUAAUCUUCCUUCCCGGCUUGCUCCUGGUGUAGCUCUUCCUUCGCUUGCACCAUUUUGGGGUUCACCUCAGGUGCCAAAAUGGUCUGGCCCUGAGCUAGAGUGAUGUUACUUGCCUCAGACAGCAAGUGCUUUUGAGGGAAUUGGUGGUUGUGGUGGUGAGGUGUUGUAGGAUAGAGGAGUUUGCUGGCUGCUCUCCAAUGCAGAGAAUGUUGAAGAUUCCGCUUCCAUUCUGGUGGGCUUUUGUGCAUCAAAUUGCACGGCCAUCUUGCCUUCCCCUCAGGCAGCAAAAUGUCUUGGGCUGGUCCUAUAGUCCCUGUCCCCCCUUUUGCUCUCCUUUAGGACUUCAGAGGCUUUUUGACUUAAGGGGUGGGUUCUUUCACUCUCUGCUGUUUGUAUGCAUGUUUGAAUGAUGGUCAUGAGGAAUAGAAAACUCCCCAGAAGAGGAGACCUGUCUCUAAUUCAUGUUAGUUUACUUAAUAUAGUGAUACAGGGUAUGCACAUACACACACACACACACACAGAGAGAGAGAGAGAGAGAGAGAGGUCUGUUUACAUAAAAGUUCUGGCCAAUGGAACUUGCUCCGAAGUAAGGCUGCAAUCUGUGCAAAGUUAGGCGCACCAAAGCCAAAUUCUUUUGGUGGGCCUAGGCUCACUUAACUCCGUUUAGGACUGUGCAGUACAUACGUGUCAUAUUAUAUUCUGUAUGAAAAUGCCCUUAUUGUGUACAUACAAUAUUGUUUAAUUCAAAACAGUAACUCCUUGAAACUCAUUAUCCUUUUGUGUUCCUAGUCAUGGUGGUAAAAAAACCAGUGGGUGUUUUUUUAAAACUUUUUCCAACAUGUGUGUCUUAAUGCAACAAAUCUGAGUAGCUGAAAACAUGAAAGCAGUUAUGUGUUCACGUAGGAAUAUUUCUAAAUUAAUAUGCAGUACAGUUGCUUCACAUGAUUAUUAUUUAGAAUAUUAGUACCCUGUUCUUCAGCCAAAACAAGACAAUCCCUACCUGCAGACUUAUAAUCUGAGAACAACAACACGCAAGGGAAAAGGGACAGGGAGGGAAGAGGAAAAUAGAAAAACUCAGGCACCGAUUUCUAAACAGUUGUCCUCUUAAUGUCCAGGGGCAAUAGGUGCCUGAUGGAGUUGCGGCUCCAGCAAAGCUGAUGAAAUGAGCUCUGCUUCCUAUCUCUCCUACUGAGGAAAUCUAAUGGCUGUGCCCCAGAUGACAGUGGAGGGCAGAGGAGGCCAAAUGGAGUUGGCUUGUAACAGCAGAGCCAACACCUUAAUGCCUGACAACUUCAUUGUGGCAUAAGCUUCAUUGGAUGAAGUGGCCUAUAGUAUGCAACGAGUAUUAGUGUGGCAGCACCUGUACUCUGGAACUCCCUGCUUAGUGAUAUUAGAAGGCAGGCACCUUCACUAUACCGUUUUUAACACAUACUGAAAACUUCUGUUUUGGCAAGCCUAAUCCAGACACAUGAUUUAAUUACAUUUGUUUCAAGCAUUUUAUUAAGUUUAUAUUUGGUGUGCUUUUAAAAGGAUGUUUUAAAAUUAUAUUUGUUUUUAACAUGGUCUGUGUAUUUUACUCAUGUUUUAUCAUUGGACUUCUACACCGCUUGGAUAAUUUUAUUUUUGAACAAGCGGUUUAUAAAUUGCCUAGAUAAAUAAAUAACACAAUAGUCCGUGAAAACUUAUGCCACAAUAAAUCUGCUGGUGUGCCACAGGACUCUUUGUCGUUCUCGCUACAAAAGCUUAACAUGACUGCUCCUCUGGAAGAGGAUAACAUUAUAGUUUUAAUCGGUCAUCACUUAGUGGUAGAGAUAACUUAGUAGUAGAGUGUAAGCUUCGUGUGUGACUUCUCUAGUGAAGGAUUUCAGAAAGCAGACUUGGGAAAGGCCUCAUCAGCUUUGGAGCACUGCUACCAGCCAGAUUGUGGAACUGGAAUAUCCAGCUGCGGAACCAAGAGAUCAAUGGUUUGUUUAGAAUCGUAGAAUUGUGGAGUUGGAAUGGGCCCAUGAGCGUCAUCUAGUCCCUCUCCCUGCAAUGCAGGAUUCACAGCUAAACAGUGUCUGACAGAUGGCCAUCCCAACUCUGUUUAAAUACCUCCAAUGAGAGAGAGUUCACCACCUUCCGAGGUAGUCUGUUCCACUGUUAAAGAGCUCUUGCCGUCAGAAAGUUAUUCCUCAUGUUUAGUCGGAAUUGCCUGCCUUUUAGUUUGAAUCCACUGGUUUGGGUCCUACCCUCAGGAGCAGCAGAAACAAGUCUUCCGCGUGACAGCCCUUCCUUCAAAUGUUUGGAGAUGGCUAUUAUAUCUCCUCCCUGUCUCCUCUUCUCCAGGCUAAACAUGCCCAGCUUCCUCAACGGUUCCUCCUAAGUCUGGGUUUCCAGACCCUUAAUCAUCUUAGUCACCCUCCUCUGCACAUGGUUCAGUAUAGGGCAAGCUUUCAAUGUCAUGUGACAAUGCUUUCUCUCUUGUCUCUCACCUUCAGAGGCCUGUGCUUUGAGAAGAGGAGAUGGAGUAUGCCUCUGAACAGUAUAGUAUAUACACAAAGUAUCAAAUGUGGUGAAUAUAAUAAUAAUGCAACAAAACAACACCACCACAAACUGGCUUAUAAGUAUAAAACCAAAUUUACUAGAAUAAUAGCUAGAAUAGAGAUAGACUUGUAACCAUUCAAACAACAAACAUACUAAGGUGCCAUGUGCAAGACAAAGCCUGGAGAUACUGUAAACAUGGAGGAGAUAAAUCUACAACUGUAUCUUAACAAGUUACAUGUGCAGUAAACGUUAUACAGACUGGAUAAAUGAACCGUUCAACAAGUAGCGUAAGUCCAAUCACAGAAUGGCAACCCCGUGCCGCCACAAUGGCAAGGGCAGCACACUGGAGAAUAUGAAAAUGUUUUUCAAAGAUUGAACUGGAUGAGAUGUUCUUCAAUGGGUCUUGAGUUGGAAGCACAAAGCCGUAUGGAUAGAUCAAUCACGGGAAGGCAAAUCAAAGCCACCACCCUGGUGAGAAUAACGCAAGUGGGCAAAAGGAGACCUGUUCUCUGGAUAUAUUACAGGUUUCGCUACACACUUCAUCAGUCCGAAAAGCCAGUCAUACAAAACGGUUUGCUCAGGAUAAAGAAAAUAUGCUACCUUUGCCAUUGUGGUGGCACGGGGUUGCCGUUUUGUGAUUGGACUUACGCUGCUUGUUGAACGGUUCAUUUAUCCAGUCUGUAUAAUGUUUACUGCACAUGUAACUUGUUAAGAUACAGGUGUACAUUUAUCCAUGUUUACAGUAUCUCCAGGCUUUGUCUUGCACAUGGCACCUUAGUAUGUUUGUUGUUUAAAUAGUUACAAGUCUAUCUCUAUUCUAGCUAUUAUUCUAGUAAAUUUGGUUUUAUGCUUAUAAGCCAGUUUGUGGUGGUGUUGUUUUGUUGUAUGCCUCUGAACGCCAGUUUCUGGGAAUCAGAAGUGGGGAGAGUGCUGUUGCGCUCAGGUCCUUCCUGCAACCUUCCCACAGACAUCUGUUUGGCCACUGUGAGAACAGGAUACUGGACUAGAUGGGCCAUUGGCCUGAUCCAGCAGGUGCUUAGAGCUUGCAACAAUUUCAGACAAUCACCCCAGUGAAAGUUGUUACUGUAUUUCUCCCUUUGGAGAGGAGAGCAAAUGCCUUAUCCUCUCUGUUGCUACAUCUGCUCCUUGUCACCAGAGAAGCUAAUCCCUACACCUGGCUCCCCAAACCUAUUUUACAGAUGCAACCACAGAAAUGUGAAUUUGGCCACCUAAAAUUGCGUGAUAUAUAUUUUUUAAUCCUCUUAUUUUGCUCACUAAAACCUCCCCACAAAGUUGGAGCCUUUGUAAGUCAGAGGAAUUUUUCUAAGUCGACGUACAGCAGUUUCCCUGUUAUCUCCGAUGUUUUUACAUCUCCCCUCCGGCUAUGAACAAUUUGCAGGUUGAACUAGCUAAUAAAUCUAAAGGUUCUGGAAAAUAAAUAGGCUUCAGGUUGCAUGAAUAGAGCAGCUGUAGAGGCUGUACAUGGCUAAUGGGGUUAAAACCAGUUCAUCGGGCUGGGCACAACUCGAAGGCUGCAGGGUGGGCGGAAGGCCUUGAGUAAACAGGGAAUGUUGUUUUGCAUGCCCAUCCUGACUUGAGCUACAGAGUCACUCCUCUGUAUCAUUCGUCAGUUUGGAACGCUUGAGGGACUUUUACAUUGCCUCUUCUUCGUAAAACACCAUGUACUUGUUGUGUGUGGAGAUUCUGACUGCCCUUUUUUUUACUUUUGUCAUUUUAAAACCAUUAUUAGAUCUUCCGUUUUCAAUUUUUUGUUGUAAGCUGUCCGGUAUCAUAUGAAUGAAUUUGCAAAUUCAGUGGAGCAUCGUCAGAGCCAUCAUUUUUUCUGUGUUGCUCCAUUUGUUCCUCUCUAUCUACUACACCUGCUACUAAUUACAGUCAUACCUCGGGUUACAGCCACUUCAGGUUGCGUUUUUUUGGGUUACGCACCUGCUGAAACCCAGAAGUACCGGAACGGGUUACUUCUGGGUUUUGGCGGUCGCACAUGCGCAGAAGCGCUGACUCGCAACCUGCGCGUGUGCAGACGCGCUGCUGUGGGUUGCGAAUGCGCAUCCCGCAUGGAUCACAUUCACAACCCAAGCGUCCACUGUAUUGUUAUUGCUACUACUACGUUUCUACUACAUUUCUACCCCAACUUUCAUGGUGUGGUGUACAUGAUUUUCCUCCUCCUCUCCAUUUUAUUCUCAUUACAGCCCUGUGAGGUAGGUUAGCUUGAGAGGUUGUGACUGGCCAAAGGUCACCCAGUGAGCUUCAUGACCAAAUGAGGAUUUGAACCCUGGUCUCCCAGGUCCUAGUCCAGCACUCUAGCCACUACAGUGGUACCUCGAGUUACAAACGCCUCAGGUUACAAACUCCACUAACCUGGAAGAGUUACCUCGAGUUGAGAACUUUGCCCCAGGAUGAGAACGGAAAUUGUGUGCCAGGAGCACAGUGGCAGCAAGAGGCCCCAUUAGCAAAAGCACACCUCUAGUUAAGAACAGUUUCAGGUUAAGAACGGACCUCAGGAACGAAUUAAGUUCGUAACUAGAGGUACCACUGUACACCAGUCUGGCUGUUUCUGAGCACCAUUCAGUUCUUGGUUGGCCUCCUUGGAUAUCUGCUGAAGCUCAGUUACAAGCAACAGGGCCUGUCACUGACUGGGAUGCCUGGCCUGCUGAAGAACCAACCCAGCUAGAGUGCUUGCAGCUAGGGUGCCAGCAUAGUGAGAUGACCCUGUUGGCUAUGGGGACAGCGACAGUAGCAAUGAUAAACUGCAAGUAAAUGCUCUUAGAUAACAACAGCAAGGCAGCCACAGAGAGCUAAGUUAAGGCACGUCUGCCUCCAUCCCAUGCAGUGUGUGAGAGAGUAAGGAACAGGAAACAAGCCCUGCUUCCUCUUUGGAGAAGAGCGGAUGUGACAUCACUGAGCCCACUCUACUAAUUUAGAACUCAGUGGUCCUUAACCCCUUCAAAUGCUAACUAGCAUUGUUAGGUUUGACUGCAAAUCUCCCACAGAGAAGACCCUCUUCCUAAUGGACACUCUCUUCACUUCAGUUUGCAGGAACGCAUGGGACAGAAUCUCAUAAGGUUCGGGCAGGUCAACUUGAAAGUAGGUGAUCUUUCAGGCAAAGCUUUAAGGCAGGGGUGGCCAACUCCCAAGAAAUUGUGAUCUACUCAUAGAGUUAAAAACUGGCAAUGAUCUACCCCCUUUUGGGGGGUUGAGGUCAAAGCUGUUGAACUUCUUUUAGGGAGGAGGAAAGCCACAUUUUUGGGGGGCGCAGGGCAAAAAUGUUGAACUUUUUUUAGGGGAGCCAAAGUUGCUGAACUUCUUUGGGGGGAGCCAGUGAUUUACCACUGGUCUACCACAGACGUCCAGUGAUCUACCAGUAGAUCACGAUCUACCUGUUUGACAUGCCUGCUUUAAGGGAUUUAAAGGUCAAGAUGAGCACUUUAAAUUGGGCCCACAUGCAGACUGGCAGCCAUUGCAGCUAAUGGCGUAAUACAAUCAGAAUGCCUAGUCUCAGUUAACUAUAUUGAGGUGCCUCUAAUCACACUUCUCAGAACUCAUUAUUGCCAGUGCCCCUGUGGUCAGCGUAACUAUGUGCUUUGGCUCCAAAUUAUUCCAGUUUCACUCUCUUUUCCAAGAGCAAUAGCUCGAUAGCUGUCCCUCAAUCCUCGUCUCAGUAGAGCAAGACAGUGAAUAGUAACUCCAUGCGUUGUCCAGAGAUGUCCCUGCCUUAAGGAUUGUUGGGUUGAACAUGGUGAUGCAGAGAUUGACUGGAGCAGAAGUACAGUAGUUUGAAAAUACAAGACUGCCCUACCAUGACCAUAGCUUGAUUUAGAGAUGAUGUGAGCUGCAGGAAAAGCAAUUUCCAAGGCGGUACCCACAUGAGUCACUUGCAGCAGAAUCCAUCAAAGAGUCUUGUGGCACUUUUAAAGAACAACACGUUUAUCAUGGCAUAAGCUUUUGUGGCCUGUGAUCCAACUGGAUGCACUUACAGGUAAAUGUAAGAGUUCUGUGUGGCUUACAUCUCUUUUUAAAUAUGCCUAUUAUAUGUGCUGGUCAUAUUCAAGCGGCAUUUCGUUUCUGCAUUUCAUUAGAUACGCCAUUGGCAUACUAACGCCCGAGUGUAGCCCUCCAUAUAGGAAAAGCAUGUUUAAACAGGACAGCAGGCGCACGGUGCCCUUUCACAGGUGAGUUCUUUCCCUGUGGCUCACAUCAUGUCUCAUGAGGCUUACACAGCAACGUAUCAGAGAAAUUAUGCGGCACAAACUUGGGUUCUCUUUGCAUGAGAAUCUCAGUUUUAAUCAUGAUCUGGUUCCAUAGUACAUUUUUUUCUUUUUUAACCCUUAGAAAUUGGUGCUCGGUUUCAACAGAAGGAACUUUCAGACAUCCCCAAGAGAUAAUAAUUUCCCCUAAAUAUUUCACAAAAUUGGUGAAGCAGCACUAAGUAAAGAAUUUGCCAGUAAUUCAGCAUUGCAUUGCAUUCCAGUUGAGAUGUCUUCCUUCUUUCAGUUCCUGUUAUCCCCAGUAAUUCCGCUGUAACAUACACUUCAGCCUCAUGAUGACUGUGCUUUUUAAGGCCGGUAUAAUUGAUUAAACUGGUGGCAUUACAGCUAGAGAGUUUAUCUGUUCUCUGCAGUGUGUCUGCGACUGGAGUCAGGAAAACUUAGAUCUGACUCCCUGUGAAGAUGUUGUGCAAAGUUCUGACACUUUGCAGACAGAGCAUUAAAACCACAGUCCUUCCACUUUCUUGUCUGUAUUUGCCUUAAGUUGCUAAUUGACUUGCUAGGCCAGGCAAAAGGUUCAUGGUCCAACUUUUCAUACCAAGUGGGCUGCAAGAGUACUUUGACAUGGAACCUGUGUGCUGCACACUGCCUUGUCAUGGGGGAGAGAGCCAGGCCAGAGCCAGAUAAGUGAGUUACUGGGGUUUGGGAAGGAGGUGGGAGGCUCUGGCCAGGGUCCUAGAGACCUACUUUCUUCCCAUAGCUGGAAAAGCACUAACUAGGCUUUGGGAAAGAGGAUAAAGGCUCUAGGGCCCUGUCAGAGCCCUCACGCUUCCUUCCCAAAGCCCAGCACCUCGCUAACUAGGCUUAACAGGGUACGGGCUGAAGGGGCCAAAGUGUCAAAUGUUGCCAAGGGUCACCAAAAAAGGCAUUGAGGGCCAUAUGCGGCCCUCAGGAUGCAUGUUGGACCACUCUGGCUGAGGCUAUAAUCCUAUAUUGCACUUACUAUAGCCUAUAUGGGACUUACUCUUGACCAAGUAGAGAGAUGUAGGAUUGCACUGCUAAUUCAAUAUUCGGUCUCUGACUCCCGUGCUAGCCAGCCAAGCAAAACUUGGUAACGAAAUUACGUGAUGGGGGUCCACUGGUGAUCCCCAAAAACAUAGUCAGGUACCUUUGGUAGGGUACCAUCAUUGCAGUUUUCAUAGGCCUAUUAAAAGCAUGUGGGAUGUAUAUGUGUAAGAUCCUCUUAAUUUUUUUCUUGGCAUGCACAUGAAAGCUCAUACGAAUAACUAACCUAGUUGGUCUCUAAGGUGCUACUGGAAGGAAUUUUAUUAUUAUUUUAUUUUGUUUUAUUUAUUUUAUUUUGUUUCGACUACAGCAGAUCAGCACGGCUACCUACCUGUAGCAAGAUGAAAGAUAACGUUUCAUCAUUCCCUGCCAUCCUAUUUUGGGAGGUUGCAAAGUGCAUAUCAUUUUGUAGCAACGUCACCAGGUCCAUCGGAUUGUUGCAAUGAAGUGCUUUGUAAGAUCGUACUCGGCACCAGCCUCAGAGUUCAGGCAGUAGCUUUUGAAUCUGCAUAAAACCUGGACGUGCAUAUUGGAUUGCUUUCUAAGUCUGUCAUAGGCACAUAAUGCUCAUUUGCUUCUGUGAACCUAGCCAGAAAGUACUAGUCUGCAACUAUACAGUUGCUAGAUAAUGGUGCCCUUUGUUUGCUGUAUCCUCUCCAUUUUAUUAAUGUGCUCUUAACUUGGAAGUUUCCACGCUAACCAUUGUUCGACAGUCUUCCCACUUAAAUGCCUUGUAGCUCAGUUCUGAUCUUUCUUUGGAGUCCGUCUUUGUCUGAUUGCCUCCGUUAUCAUGCUGUGCAGGUGUUGUCGACAUGAAAUUCUGAUCACUUAACUAGUUUCCAAUUGUCCUGUUUUGUUUUUUGGGGGGCGGGGUGGUGGUGGUUAUAUGAUGCUGUGCAAGGAUGGGAAUGCAAUGCUCUCAUCUGCCCAGUUAAUAGCUGUGCUCUAGAUGCCAAUUUUUUAUUUCACUUUUUUCUUCAAAAAAGCAGUUUUCAGAGAUACCUAUUUCUUUACCUUUUUUGCUCAGAUUUGUUCAUGUUCCAAGAGCCUGCUUAUUACCACAAAGCAAUCAGGGUGGUUAAUGUUUCCAGUGGCCCAAGGUAAAAAUCUGAAUCCCUUGUUAACCCAGAGCCUGAGCUAACAAUGCAACCUGGCUAGGAUCAAAGGGAGUCUCCCCAGUCCAGCUGCCUGCUUUAUCCAGCCUCUCUCAGGCUAUUUAACCAAGGAGGAGAAAAUUACAUAGGACAUGAUAUGUUCAGGGCAACUAAGUUAUUCCCCGUUCUGCAGUUUUUAGGGUCGAACAGGGCAUGUGAUUUGAUGCAGGUAUUGCCUUGCUCAGUGCCUGGCUGGGAGAUGCCAUAGGAACUCCCCAAGCUAGCAGGCCCAGUGGUCAGGAAUGAUGGAAACUGUAGUCCAAAAACAGCUAGAGACUGUUUAGAAACCCUGGUCUAGGGACUCCAGUGACAGGUUUGAAUCCAGAACAUCCCAAGACUACAAACCUGUUCCAGGAAGUGCAGCUCGGCCCAGAACACAGCACUCAUCUCAUUCUUAGAAUGUACAGGUGUAUCUCGGAUCCCGAACGCCUUGGAACUUUGACAUUUUGGCUCCCGAAUGCUGCAAACCCAGAAGUGAGUGUUCCAGUUUGUGGACGUUCUUUUGGAACCCAAAUGUCUGAUGGGGUUCUACGGCUUCUGAUUGGCUGCAGGAGCUUCCUGCAGCCAAUCAGAAGCUGCAAUUUGGUUUUCGAACGUUUUGGAAUGCUUCGGAUUCUGUUCGACUUCCAAGGUACGGAUGUAUUACAAGUGGGGUCCACAAUGGACUUUCAAAAUGUCUGGCAUAGUGUUGCUGACCAUAAACUGCUACAUCUUCCUGUGAGGAAACUCAGGGUUUUUGUUUUCUCCUUGAUACAGGAGUAUUGGAAGGGAAACAUUUAAGGCAGAGAAGAGAAAGCUGUGUCUCCUCCCCAUCUACCCUCAUGUUGCUGGAGCAGAAUUGCAAUCUUCUUUGGCCCUUGGAAAUACUGGCUGGAUCUCCAUGACAUCUGGAGGCCAUCAGAUUCCCCCACACUCGUCAUUUUAUUUGGGGAGGGGGACUUAGCUGGACUUGCCCUAGUAUUCUUUUAAAAUUUAUUUUUGUUAUAUUACAAGGCAGAAUGCAUUGAGGCAAGUCUUUCAAUACAGAGGCCAAUAAAAGAGUAGCAAGCAAAUAAAUCUGUCAUUAGGCAAAACUUUCGUGAUGAUUUAUGCUGUUGUGCCACAUUUCAAGAGCAAGUUGUAUGUUAUAAAGUGAAGUUGAAAAAAGUUUGUCUCCAUGUGUGACUCUGCUGUUCAGCUAUCCAGGAUUUUUAUUUUUAUUUUUUUAAAUACAACACCAAACCCUACCAUUUCCUUUCUGCUAUAUCAUAUUACCCUUUCUGUUUUUGUCUUUCACUAUAAAACAAAGCAAGAUCCUUUUUUUUCCCUCCCCCAUUUUGGUCUAAAGGCAGUUUAAAGGGGGAUUUUGUUGAAAGGCAAAGUAAGAUGAAAUGGGUCAAUAUGUACCUUUGUACCAGGCAAAUACAUACUAAGUUUGAGCUUUGUAGUCAUCUUAUGCACCCUACAGUGCAGUCGUAUGCAUGCUUACUCUGAAGUAAGCCUCAUUUAGUUCAAUUGCACCUUUUCAGGUAUAUGUGUCCAGGGUUGCUGCCUGAGCGAAUUUGCUCAUGUAAAAAUUGUCACCUGUGUUUUCUUUUAUAUGGGUAUAUCGGUGCAAAUGCUAUCUUUCAAAAAAGGUGUAUAAACAGGAAACAUGGGUGUGAAAGAUAAAGUUUCAUAGUAUAAAUAGCCAUGCAGAAUUAACUUUAGCUGCUUACUAUUCUGUAUUCUCAACGCUCAAUACAUCAGAAGUGCUUCUAAUUUCUGUGCACAUAUGAGAUGCUGUGGGUCAGCGAAUGUGUGUGCUUUUGCAAGUCCUUCCCAUGGCUGAAAUAAAAAUUAGGAAAGCAUGGAGCAGGGCUAGCCCAAUACAUUUUGCUGCCUGGAGCAAAUGACAAAUCUCUCUCGCCGUCUACAAAUUUCCAGAUACCAUUUUACAGUCAUACCUCAGGUUGAAGUUGCUUCAGGUUGAGCGCUUUUGGGUUCUGCUCCGCGGUGACCCAGAAGUAAUGGAACGCGUUAUUUUCGGGUUUCGCCGCUCGUGCAUGCGCAGAUGCUCAAAAUGACGUCCCACGCAUGUGCGGAAGCGGCGAAUCGCGACCCGUGCACACGCAGACGCAGGUUGCGUUUGCUUCAGGAUGUGAACGGGGCUUCAGAACGGAUCCCGUUCGCAUCCAGAGGUACCACUGUACUUCACCACUGGUGACAGGACAACGUUCUCCACCAUACUAGAGUUGCUCAGGGACUGCAGGGCAAGCUGUGUAGCACACACAACUCUGUUUUCUUGCACUUCACCCCUGCUGCCCUCUCCCUGUAAUCUGCCACCUGAGGAAAAUGCUAGGGCCGGCUGCUGCAUGCAAAGUUCAGUAUGAAAAGCCUGGUGGUUUUCUGGUCUGUGUAGCAUCUUCAUAAGCUCUUGGGAAGCAUGCUUGGUGCAGGUAGCCUGUUCAAAGAACGUAACAUUCAGAGGCCCUGGUGCACUUGACAGUUGUUUUCUAUGGCUUCUCUCCAGUUUGUCAGAAGCAUUGCUUAGUCAGGAAAGCAGCUGUUUGGAACCCCUUGAGCUGGCAGGGGAGUCUUCCUUUCUCUCCUAGGCAUGUGAACAAUCAGAUCAACGUAGGGUUUGCAAAUUGGGCUGUUCUGCUCCCUGGGAGCAGCUGGAUAAUCUCUCUCUCUCUCUGUCUGUGUGUGUUAAAAAGGCAAGGGGCCAGAUCCAGUUCACCAGUUUGGUUGAAUUAAUUGAACUAAAUUGUUUUGAUUGGGUUUUGCCAUUAAUUAUUAGUGUUCUGACUUUUUUAUAUUCCAUGGUGGGCCAUGCAAUCUGCUAUUCUGAACAAUGCUUUUUAUCGGGGAGGGGGAAGCGGGGAUGGGUUUACGGAACCGGGGGUGGGGUGGGGGCUGUGGCCUUAAAAAGCUUGGGAUCUACCGACAUAGGGACAACUGAGAUUAAAUGCUGUAUAAAUGGCCUAAAGAAAUUGGGUAUUGGGUAGGCGGAGGCCUACCUGGGUCAAAGAGGGCUUGCCCCCACUCAUAGGCAGUGCUUCGUGGCUCAGUGUAACUCUGAUUUGCCUGUAUUUGAAUACGCUUCUAUGGGAACCGCAGGUUGUCUCUGUCCUUGUUCAGGUCAGCUUGACUUGCCAUUUGGACUGCCUGUUGUUACCCUGCGUAGUGCUAAGAGCUUUGCAUUUGUGUCUUGCCUUUCUUAUUAAAAAUUUAGUUAGGUAAGGAAUCCCGUUCCACCCACCCAGGAAGUGAAUAUUUCAUACCCUCAAGUAGGCUCCCAUCUGCACUAUGUAUUUAAAGCAGCACAGAGUGCCCUGUGAAAAUGGAUUUAUUGUUAAACCACUCUGGAAAAUUGUGGCACUGGCAGGGGACUAGUGUCUCCUAUGAGCUCCCAGCAUCCUUAGCAAACUGCAUUUCCCACAAUUCUUCUGGGGGAAGCCAUGACUAUAAUAGUUUAUUAUUUAUAGUUUCCCCAGCCACUCUGGGCGGCUCCCAAUCGAGUGUUAAAAACAAUACAGCAUUAAAUAUUAAAAACUUCCCUAAACAGGGCUGCCUUCAGAUGUCUUUUAAAGAUAAGAUAGCUGCUUAUUUCUUUCACAUCUGAAGGGAGGGCGUUCCACAGGGCGGGCGCCACUACUGAGAAGGCCCUCUGUCUCGUUUAAAGGAGUAUGAUAGCGCUUUAAAUGUAUAACGCAAGAAAAUUUGCAGAGCUGAAAAUCCUUGGGGAGCUCGAUUCGGCAGGAUUACACAACCUUUUGCAAAUAUAUCCACCCUAAGGGACAUAAUUCGGUGGGCCAUAGCUGAGUCACGGAGCACAUGUUUGGAUUGGAGAAUGCCCCAGGUUAAAUUCCCAGCACCUCCAGGUAUGCCUGGGAUAAUUUCCUGUCUUGAAACACUGGAGAAUUUGGAGUCAGUGUCAACAGUACUGAGUUCGGUUGACCAAAGGGAGACUUCAAUUACCUGGAUAUUUGUUGGAUGUCAAACUCAGCCAAGAGCAUAAGGUCAAACAGAUUCCUCACUGGCCUUGCAGACAACUUCGUUGUCCAGAAAGUGGGAGAAGCAACAAGAGGAACAGCCAUUUUAGAUCUGGUCCUAACCAAUGUUGAUGACCUGGUUAGUGGGGUAGAAGUGGAAGAAUCAUUAGGCGCGAGUGAUCAUGCUCUUCUGAAGUUUACUAUACAGCGGAAAGGAGCAGCCAAGCAUACUAGGACUCAAUUUCUUGACUUUAAGAAAGCCGACUUCAUAAAACUUAGGGAAGUGCUGGGUGAGAUCCCAUGGACAGUAAUACUAAAAGGAAAGGGGUUCAUGAUGGCUGGGAGUUUGUUAAGAGGGAGAUAGUAAAAGCACAACGUCAGGCAAUACCAAUGAGACGGAAACAUGGAAGGUGCCUAAAGAAGCCAGGGUGGCUAUCUAAAGAACUUUUAACUGAGUUAAGAUUAAAAAGGAUGUGUACAAAAAAUGGAAAAGGGGGGAAACCACCAAAGAGGAAUUCAAACAAAUAGCCAGCAUGUGUAGACACAAAGUCAGAAAAGCUAAAGCACAGAAUGAACUCAGGCUUGCUAGAAAGGUUAAAAGUAACAAAAAAGGCUUUUAUGGGUAUGUUCGUAGCAAAAGGAAGAACAAAGAAACAGUGGGGUCACUCAGAGGAGAAGAUGGUGAAAUGCAAACAGGGGACACAGAAAGGGCUGAACUCCUCAAUGCCUUCUUUGCCUCAGUCUUCUCCGAUAAAGAAAACAAUGCCCGACCUGAAGAAUUUGGAGCAAAUGAUUCAGCAGAGGAAACACAGCCCAGAAUAACUAAGGAGAUAGUACAAGAAUACUUGGCUAGUUUAGAUGUAUUCAAGUCUCCAGGGCCAGAUGAACUGCAUCCAAGAAUAUUAAAAGAACUGGCAGAUGUGAUCUCAGAACCACUGGCAGUCAUCUUUGAGAAUUCCUGGAGAACAGGCGAAGUCCCAGCUGACUGGAGGAGGGCAAAUGUUGUCCCUAUUUUCAAAAAGGGGAAAAGAGAGGACCCAAAUAAUUACCGCCCAGUCAGUCUGACAUCAAUACCAGGGAAGAUUCUGGAGCAGAUCAUUAAGCAAACAGUCUGUGAGCACCUAGAAAGGAAUGCUGUGAUCACCAAUAGUCAGCAUGGAUUUCUGAAAAAUAAGUCAUGUCAGACUAACCUGAUCUCGUUUUUGACAGAAUUACAAGCCUGGUAGAUGAAGGGAACGCAGUGGAUGUAGCCUACCUUGAUUUCAGCAAGGCAUUUGACAAGGUGCCCCAUGAUAUUCUUGUAAAGAAGCUGGUAAAAUGUGGUCUUGACUAUGCUACCACUCAGUGGAUUUGUAACUGGCUGACUGACCGAACCCAAAGGGUGCUCAUCAAUGGUUCCUCUUCAUCCUGGAGAAGAGUGACUAGUGGGGUGCCAUAGGGUUCUGUCUUGGGCCCAGUCUUAUUCAACAUCGUUAUCAACGACUUGGAUGAUGGACUCAAGGGCAUCCUGAUCAAAUUUGCAGAUGACACCAAACUGGGAGGGGUGGCUAACACCCCAGAGGACAGGAUCACACUUCAAAACGACCUUGACAGAUUAGAGAACUGGGCCAAAACAAACAAGAUGAAUUUUAACAGGGAGAAAUGUAAAGUAUCGCACUUGGGCAAAAAAAAAUGAGAGGCACAAAUACAAGAUGGGUGACACCUGGCUUGAGAGCAGUACAUGUGAAAAGGAUCUAGGAGUCUUGGUUGACCACAAACUUGACAUGAGCCAACAGUGUGACGCGGCAGCUAAAAAGCCAAUGCAAUUCUGGGCUGCAUCAAUAGGAGUAUAGCAUCUAGAUCAAGGGAAGUAAUAGUGCCACUGUAUUCUGCUCUGGUCAGACCUCACCUGGAGUACUGUGUCCAGUUCUGGGCACCACAGUUCAAGAAGGACACUGACAAACUGGAACGUGUCCAGAGGAGGGCAACCAAAAUGGUCAAAGGCCUGGAAACGAUGCCUUAUGAGGAACGGCUAAGGGAGCUGGGCAUGUUUAGCCUGGAGAAGAGGAGGUUAAGGGGUGAUAUGAUAGCCAUAUUCAAAUAUAUUAAAGGAUGUCACAUAGAGGAGGGAGAAAGGUUGUUUUCUGCUGCUCCAGAGAAGCGGACACAGAGCAAUGGAUCCAAACUACAAGAAAGAAGAUUCCACCUAAACAUUAGGAAGAACUUCCUGACAGUAAGAGCUGUUCGACAGUGGAAUUUGCUGCCAAGGAGUGUGGUGGAGUCUCCUUCUUUGGAGGUCUUUAAGCAGAGGCUUGACAACCAUAUGUCAGGAGUGCUCUGAUGGUGUUUCCUGCUUGGCAGGGGGUUGGACUCGAUGGCCCUUGUGGUCUCUUCCAACUCUGUGAUUCUAUGAUUCUAAGGUCUGACUUUGUGUAAGGCAGCUUCUUAUAAAGAAGUACAAUAGUAAUAUUAUUGCUGUCUAGGUAAAAAUACGCAUAAGCCCCAAUACUUUAUCAGCAUCUUUUGCCUAAAUCCUGCUGAGCCUCUUCCAUUUAUUUCAGUGAAGCUGGGGAAUUGUGUCCUAUGUUUUUAAUUGUACACUGACUCAUUUAUAUCUGCCUCGAUUUAAUCCCCUUUUUUGUGCAUGGGGACAAGAGUGUGCUCCUGUGAGAUUAAUUUUUUUUAUGUGCGUUUGAAUUAUUUCACUAAUUCUGCUGUAUAGUAGUCAGAAGUCAAUGGGCAAGGAAAGCUGGCCAUGAGAUGGAUAAUUAAUCCAAAGCAAACUUUAACUACCUCAUAAUUUCAUCUGCUCUUCCCUGUGUUGAUGCUAUGGAUAUUCCUCAUUGUGAGGACAGGCAAUACUGUCUAAUAUGAUUUGGUGGGAUUGCAGUUGUUGUUAUUGUUGUUAUUAUUAUUAUUAUUAUUAUUAUUAUUAUUAUUAUUACCCUGCCCAUCUGGCUGGAUUUCCCCAGCCACUCUGGGUGGCUCCCAAUAGAAUAUUAAAAACACGAUCAAACAUUAAAAACUUCCCUAAACAGGGCUGCUUUCAGAUGUUUUCUAAAAGUCAUGUAGUUGUUUAUUUCCUUGACAUCUGAUGGGAGGGCGUUCCACAGGGCGGGCACCACUACCAAAAAGGCCUUCUGCCUGGUUCCCUGUAACCUCACCUCUUGCAGUGAGGGAACCGUCAGAAGGCCCUCGGCGCUGGACCUCAGUGUCCGGACUGAACGAUGGGGGUGGAGAUGCUCCUUCAGGUAUACUGGGUCGAGGCAGUUUAGGGCUUUAAAGGUCAGUACCAACACUUUGAAUUGUACUCAGAAACAUAAAGACAGAAAGUAUAACAUAUCAACCAUCAGUUUUGGGAAGUCAGGCAAGGACAGUCACAUACUGUCACUGCUGGCGGCGUAGAAUGUUGCCAGCUUUGAAAUGAAGGGAGUGAGAACACGUUGACUAAUGUCACACAGAGGUGCCUCCAAAUAAUUAUCUACCCUCACCAUGGCCUUAUGACAUACCAGUGUCCUAGCACAUGUCAUGGAGAGUUGCUGUUAUAGCUUUCCAUAGGCAUCUGGCUGACCACUGUGAGAACAGGUUACUGGACUAGAUGGGUUAUUUAUCUGAUGCAGCAGGAUCUUCUUACAUUCUUAAGAGUUUUCAUGCUACUGCUGUUGCUCUUGAGAUGCAAUUGCUGCUCUGCCCUAGCAACCAGAAUGCAGCAAUGUCUUACACUACGUGUUGUGGCUGCCAUGGGGUCAAGUCAAAAUGCAGAGGCUGCUUCCAGCAGUUUCUGCAUGAUAUGUGUAAGUUCUUAGAAUGUAAGCACUCUAUAAUAAAGCACUGUGUUGAUAGCAGUUGAUGCUGGAACUUGAUGCUGGUGAGCACCCUUCUAUAACAUUCAUGUGUGUGGUAUGUGUUUAGUUUCAGAAUGGCUGCGGUUAUUGCCUUUCCUAGGUGUCCUUGCUCUGCUCGGAUACCUUGCUAUUCGCCCAUUCCUCCCCAAGAAGAAGCAGCAGAAGGAUAGCUUGAUCAAUCUCAAGAUCCAGAAGGAGAACCCCAAAGUAGUGAACGAAAUCAACAUUGAGGACCUUUGUCUCACGAAGGCAGUGUAUUGCAGGUGCUGGCGCUCAAAAACGGUGAGUCAUUUUAUUGCUUUGAGAUGUGGCUUCAAGGUUACUGUGAUUUCCGGUAUAUACCUGAAGGAGCGUCUUCACCCCCAUCGUUCUGCCCGGACAUUGAGGUCCAGCGCCGAGGGCCUUCUGGCGGUUCCCUCACUGCAAAAAGCAAAGCUACAGGGAACCAGGCAGAGGGCCUUCUUGGUGGUGGUGCCCGCCCUGUGGAACGCCCUCCUAUCAGAUGUCAAAGAGAGAAACACUGGCAGCUUUUAAACCUCAACCAACCCACCCUGAUUUUGCGGGAACCAAAUCUCUGUAAAGUGGAGAAGGAUCCAGGAGUUCCAGCUUUGUAUGAGCUUGAGCUACAAGUGGCUGGAGUAGGCCGCGUUGUGCCCUCCUAUCAGCAUCAGGAUGUUUGGCCAGAGAUGAUGGGAGGUGUAGCCUGCAGCAACUGGCUGGCUAUACCAAUAUUAGAUUGUUCAUAACCAGUGUCAAGGAUGGAGCAAGUACAGAGACCAUUUUAAGGCAUUCAUUGUUUCAUUUUGGGGUAUUGGGCCUAGACUACUGUCCCUCAGCCUGGAUCUUUUUCUGUCCCUGUACUUAAGCUUGUGGGUUGCCAUCCCAUUUUAUCUAUGCCGAAUGGACUCUGUUCUAGUUAGGAGUGACCCGGGCUCCUGCGCAAAAAGCUUCUCUGAAUCAUAAUUACCACCCUACAAUCAGUGCAGAUAUUCAGCUGCUUUUCUCUCGCCUUUUUUUCAGUUCCCUGUCUGUGAUGGCUCCCACAAGAAGCACAAUGAGUCGACAGGAGAUAAUGUGGGCCCAUUAAUACUCAAGAAGAAAGAAGUCUAGCAAGCCUCCCCAACUAAGCCACGACUGACGGGAAGUCCACUUGAUACCCACGUGGUAGUGCUUUCAGUCUAAUAGUUACUGUAGACUUGAGCUUUGAUAUCUCUUUAGGUUACCUUAGUUUUAUAGACUGUGAUAGACAUGUGAUAUUUUUUGUAUGGUCUCAAAAGCCAUGUCCAACUUAACGAAGAAUGGCCCCUUUGUACAUGCGUUUUUACUCCCGUAACAAAAUGAUCAUCCCCAGAGUUUCAAUUUAACCAGUAAUAAAAUGUUAAUGUGAUUCUUAAAGAGCCAUAUAUGUACCCUUUCUCUGUUUAAAAUAAGCACAUCUACACUACAGAUUUAAAUGUGUCUGAAACUAGCUUAACUGUUGUGACUUCCACAAAAGAAUUCUGGGAACGGAAGUUUAUCUUGAUCCUGUUGACAUUUCGUAUUUGUUUCAGCGUCGUUUUUUUUACUACUGUGGUCCUUCCGCAAGUGAAGACAGCCUUGCCUAUGGCAUACCUGAUUUGAGGAGUAUGGCAAUGGUUAAUAAGCCCAGUUGAAAAUAAUUAAAUCUAAGAACAAUGUAAUUGCUGUCACAGUCCAUUUUAUGGCUGAUAUUGGACGAAAGCUGGCAUUUUUUCCUACAUAAGCAACAACAACUAAGGCUUCUGCUCACAACAAACAAAAACCCAAUUUGUCUGAAACAAGAGGAGUGCCUUAUACGCUUAUUUAAGUUUGAAUAGUCCCAUCUAUCCCACACUCAAGAAUCAUUUUCCCAAAGAGACUCAUGUUGUUCUGAUCUCCCUGUACACACACUUAAUUCCUAAUUCCAUGCACAACCAUAUAAUAUAGUCAGUCAUGAUCUGAGUUCCAAACAAUAUUAGGUUUUAUGCUCUGUUCAUGCUGUGGAAAACAUCUACUGCCCCAAUGCCAAAGCAGUAUUAGCAAUUAGUAGUGGCUUUCUGGACCUAGUUAGAUACAAACUGUUUAUGACAAUAAGGCUGUGAUAGAAGCAUCCUUGGCUAACAUAUUGCCUAUGAGAAAAUAAAUGGCAAAGUAAAUUCACCUCUGCCACCAACUUGCUCCCAGAUAUUCCCACUGUGGACAGAAAGUAGAUUUCUGUUGAACCCCUCUGUUUUGCUUGUUACUUAUCUAGUAAAUAGGUUGGUUUGUGAAACUGACUGUGCCCUCGUCCUCCCAUUAGUGCCAAAAGUCCUCCCGUAUUUUCUUCUGCAUUACUCUGAAUUAUUACAAGACAACUGCUCUUGGAAAUGUAGCAUGGUUUGUCAGCUUACUUUUGGAAAAAAAUCAAAGAAAUUGCUAGUUUUUUUAAACAACAACCACAACAACAACAACAACAACACAGUGGUAUAUUCUUCAUUGUGACCAACCUGGUUUUAGGUAAGUAAUUUAUGGAUUUUUCCAUAUUACUUUCAGUCAUGGAGGCCAAAGUUCUUUCUAGUGAUGUACAUGCAUGCAUAUAUGAGGAAGGUGCGCACACAGACCUACACUUUCUCCACCGCGGGGAGAAACUUUGGCCAGAUGAUUAUGCAAACGAGCCUUUAAUUACAGCUAAUGUUUGUUGGAUUGGGGGAAGGGGGGAGUCCCUGCCUACCACACUUCCCACUCCAGAUAACACAGGUCAGGCUCACAUUAUGCAGACGAGGAAAAAGCUAUUGCAUUUCUCAACUUCUGGUUUCAGUUUGUUUUCUUCCUUUUUCAGCAGAAAACAACUCUGCCAGAGCUGGGCAACGCAUGGAUGUGGGGAGAGGCUCAGGGACCAUAGCAGCUUGCAGCACCUUCAGAUCUAGCACUAGGGGAUUACUUGUCCUCUUAUGCUUGGGCUGGACCCCUGUGCCUGAUCUGGAAGUAGGAUGCCAAUUCAUGUAUGCAUCCCAAUAUACAUAUCUGACUGGUGGAGCUCCUAUAGAACUACACAUGCCAUGGUGAAGUCUUCUUCCUAAGAUUGAACUCAGGUUGGGCGCAGCCUCUGAAGGUCUGGGGAGAGAAGCUAACUGUGCCCUGUGCCAAUUAGCUGGGUUUCUAUUACUUUAUGAUUACAUGUGUAGUCCCCAUUUUCUCUUAAGGAAUUCAAGGUGGCAUACACAAAUUCCUCAUUUUACCCUCACAGCAAGCCUGUGAAGUAGUUUAGACUGAGAGACAAUAACCGGCCCAAGGUUACCCAAUGAGCUUCCUGGCUCAGUGGUGAUUUGAACCCCUGUCUCCCAGGUCCCAAUCCCAACACAUUAACCUCUAUGCCACCCUGGCUCUCGAUAUGAUGUCACGAACUCCUCUCGGAGCAGUUCUACUGUGCGCUAAAACUGAGUGUGUUCCAUGAAAAACAGAAAAGUGAGCAAAAAAAAUAAGGUGCUAAAUAGAUUGAAUGGGGUAAACAAGUAAGCAACACUGCCACUCCCCCUCCCCAAAGUGUUUGGGUGGUGGGGAGGAGAAAGGAGAAAUACAGACAAUAAGCAAUUUUCUUUUAAAUACAGUGGUACCUCUGGUUACGAACUUAAUUCGUUCCAGAAGUCUGUUCUAAACCCGAACCGUUCUUAACCUGAGGUGCGCUUUUGCUAAUGGGGCCUCCCGCUGCCACCGUGCGAUUUCCAUUCGCAUCCUGGGGCAAAGUUCUCAACCCAAGGUACUACUUGUGGGUUAGUGGAGUUUGUAACCUGAGGUACCACUGUAUAUCUGCCAAGAGAAUUGCAAAAACAAGGAAAGCCAGACUCCCUACAUAGGAACAAAAAGCACCGUGACCCCCCCUCCCUUUUAAGUGAAUCUCUGCAUGCAUCCUCCUAAGAUGGGGCUCUGGAUUAACUUUCAUCUGCUGUUAUUUAUUGUUUGAUGUGAUAAAUCAUGGAUUUGAACCAUGAUCUAGUUGAGAUAGCUCAGUUAGUAGAGCACCGGACUCCUGACCUCAGGGUCAUGGGUUUGAACCCCAUGUUGGGCAGAAGAUUCCUGCAUUGCAGGGAGUUGGACAAGAUGAUGCUGAGGAUCCUAUCCAAUUCUACAAUUCUGUGAUUCUCUGAACCUUCCAUAAGCAAACAGGGAGAUAAAAUAGAUUCCCACCACACUUGGAGAUAAUUUUCCUCACUACCACCAGAAUGAAGCAGCUCAGUGCUAACUUGUGUUGUUUUUGAAAUCUGAACUGGAGAAAACUAGAACAGGCCUCUCCUUUCCUGUGGAUGAAACGCUGCUAGCCUGAGGUGCAGGCUCCGAUUUCAGUUUAAGAUUUCUUGUGAAGUGCCUAGCAUCUCACCUACAUACCUUGCCUGAUCCUUUUGAUAUAUAUUUCAGGCAGCUUGCCGAUUUGGAAUUGUGUCUAAACUUUUGUUGGGUUGGGUUUUAAUUUCACGGUAAUUGCUACAGACAAUUCAAAGGAUGUUAUGGUGCACAACCAACAUUGUGUGUGUGUGCGUGCAAGAGACAGACCUGGAAAGUUACACCAUGGAGGAAGUUACAUAUGUAAUUCUGUUACUACCAAUAAAAUAUUCAUUCUACAUCAC